UUGAAAUUAGAUAUUGUCGGCGCAUCAAAUUACUAAAUGCUCUAAGAAUCAUGGCAGCAGUAACAGCAACAGCAGCAGCAGCAGCAGUAGCAACAACAACAACAGCUGAAUUGGAUUUACGCCAAAGGCCUUUGCGCGGUAUUUCAAUAAUCAUUGAAUCUGCUGAACCAACAACAGCAACUACAGUAACAGCAACAACAACGACAACAAUAGCAACAACAACAACGACAGUAAACAACAACAAUGCUGAAAUGUCGCUCAAGUCACAGGCUAAUGUUGAUGAUGCCUCUGGCAUGUUGCUGGCAUUUGGCGACAACAACAAUAACAACAGCAGCAACAACAGCAGCAGCAGCAACAUAGUUGAUAAUUUGGAAACUAGUUACCAAAUAACAGAAGCCUCGAAAAUAACCAAAACCUAUCCACAAUUAUUACUGCGCAUAGGCCAAACAGAAGAUCAGCAGGGAGAAAUUGCUGCAACUGCAACAGCAACAGCAACAGCAACAGCAAUACCAACACCAACAACUAUUAUCAGCUGCAAUGUUGGCUCAGAUGAAACUGAGUAUUCAACUUCAACACAACAAACAUCAAAGAGUGGUGAAAUGUUAGAUAGCUCUCUCACCAGCCAAGAUAUUGUAGUUGUAGCAGCACAGGCAACAGCAACACCAACAGCAACAUCACAAACCACAUACGAUAGUCCAUUGUGCAGUGCAGUGACCGAAACAGUUGCCACCUGCACGCCUCAGCAUACGGUCAAGAUACAGAUAGCGAACGGUCAAGAUCAUACAACGCGUAGGCUAGGCAAACAAAUCAGUGUUGUUAAAUUGAAUGACAGCAACAUGGUAUUGCAACAGCAACAUCAGCAUCAGCAACAGCAACAGCAACAGCAACAGCAUGAAAUUGAAACUACACCCACAUCGGUAUCACCAACGUCUAACUAUCAAUUAUGCUAUCUAGUAUCCAGUGGUCAGUAUUCACCUUGCGAGACUCUGGACAGUGGCACGGGCAGCGAUUUAGAAAGCAUCAAGUCACCCACUCAAGAAGUUAAUAAUGUACCCAAAUUGCAAUUGCAUUUGAAAACGACACGCAUACGUCUAAAUGAUACAAAUGCAAAUUUAAAUUCAAAUCUAAACUCAAAUUCAAAAUCAAAUACAAACUCAAACACAAAUAUUACAAAUACGAAUUCUAAUCAGCGUGCCUAUAGCCUAACCGAUAGUGAGGAAUGUUGCGAUGAGAAUGAGAGUAGUGCCUCAUCGCUUAGUUGUGAUUCGUUGCAUUCGAAUGAGGCAUUGCCUCAUACAAAUGGUGGCAAAUUGUUACCCAGAUCACUAUUAAGGGAUAUUCGUGAUAUCUCCAAUGGACAUCAUCAUCAUCAUCAUAAUGUUGUUGAUGAUGUUGAUGAUGAGGAUAGGGGAAUACUCUCAUCAUCAUCGACAUCAUCCUCACCAGCAACGAGUCCAGCCACAAAAAUCGAUGGUCGUCCAUUGCAAUACGAAGCGGAUCAAUAUUAUAAUUUUCAUGUCAAUGAGCAUGAGAAUUUUCGUAGCUUUGGUGGCAUGACAUUACCCGUCUAUGAUUCAUCUGGCUAUCAGGAUCAGAAUCAGAAUCAGAAUCCUGAUAACUAUGAUGAUGACAACUUUGGCGGCUAUAAAGAUGAGGCAGCUCCAUCAUUACCAUCGGCCACAAUACGCUCGGCCAAGGGAACAGUGCGCGGCGUCAAGAAUCGUGUGCGCAAUGGAGUAGCCACAUUCUUGCAAUUGCAGCAGCCCACUGUCAAGAACUAUAUGGAGAAGGAUCUGGGCAAGGUUGUGCUCUAUACAACCAGUAUGGGCAUUAUACGCGAUACUUAUGCCAAGUGCUCAAAUGUCAAGAAGAUAUUGCGCACAUUGCUAAUCAAAUUCGAGGAACGUGAUGUCUUCAUGAGUGUUGAGUAUCAACAGGAGAUCAGGGAACGCAUGCAGGAUGAGAAAAUACGUGUGCCGCAGCUUUUUGUUGAAGGACAACUUAUUGGGGAUGCUGAUGUGGUGGAACGUUUGAAUGAGAACGGAGAAUUGCGGCAAUUGCUGAAGCCCUACAAGUCAAUUGCUACGGCUUUUACAUGUCAGACGUGCGGCGGAUUUCGGCUUUUGCCGUGCCCCUCGUGUAGUGGUUCCAAGAAGUCUGUACAUCGUAAUCAUUUCACUGCCGAAUUUGUGGCUCUAAAAUGCAUGAAUUGCGAUGAAGUUGGCUUGGUCAAGUGCCCGAAUUGCUAAGCAAAAG